GCACCCCUCCACAUUUUCUUACAAGUAAAAAAUAGUGUAGAAAAAAACAAAAGCAAGUGGCCCUUAUUAAGCGGCAUAGCAAAGGGCAAAAGGCGGUUGAGUAAAAUUCCAUGGAGCAUCUUCCUCAGAUAGCAUCAGAUGCAUGUGAGCUAAUGCCUUGUCAACUGGACUGGUGUCUUGGGAAGAACUAUAGCUGGGUAUUUUGGAGCAAAAGACAAGACGAUGAGUUGAACUACCAACGAAGGAAUUCCCGUAUGAUGGCUGCUGCUCCUGUUGUUUUUAGCUCUACUAGGGCGAAACAGAGGAUCAAAUCUACUAUGGCGAAAAUGUUGUAUUGGACUCCUUUUGUGGUUCAAUUCUGGGCACCAAUCAAGGUCAACGGGUCGACUUUCCUGUCUACUGCGGAUCAACCAUUUUCUAUCAGCGGGCUACUUGAUAAGAGGCUGUUUGAAUACAGGAAGCUCUGCCUCGACACUUUGAUUCCCAUUGACAUGUACAAUGAAGAUCUCCUUGGUCCCCCUGGACGAGUAUUUCAAACUGGGUUGGCGGAAGUUAACCCCGACGUUGGAAGUUAUUCCGCCGGAGAGUUUCCACUGCUUGAAAAUGCAAUUCGGUUGGGCAUCCGUUCUUAUUAUGCAAUGCCAGUGUGCAAGCUCCAUGAUCAGCAGUGCCUUGGUGUUUUUGAGAUUGCAUCUAUACUACCAUCUCUCAUUUCCCGCCUUCCUACGUUGCCGCUAGUCGCUAGGCACUACUAG